UCAAUGCCCUCUGUUGCAAUUUUUUCUAAUAAUAAUUGAGAUGUUUUGGGUUAACUGACAUUUUUGUAAACAAUGUCUUCCAAUCUUUCUUCGAAUAAAAAUAAUUUAAUUUCAGAAUUCCAGAAUAUUGAUCUUGAAGAUGAUAAAAAAAAGGGCGAGUUGUACCAACCAAAUGAAUAUCUCGAUUAUCUUUCCAAACAAUUAAUGAAUGAUUAUGCCAAAUAUUUUCAACUAAGGCCUACUGCUCAAAUUGAAGAACUGGAUGAAUUGUUGGAAAAUCUAUUGACUCAUAUGGAAGAAUUUUAUGGUCUUAUUGAACAAAUUCGAAAUAAUGGCAAUCAAUGUGUCGAUCGAUUAUCGAUGGUUUUAUUUUCCAAAAUAGACGAAUGUCGAAAAUUGUUUGCAUUCAUUGAUAAAUUAGAAAAAAUUGUGAAUCAUGUUAGUAUACAAGUCUCACUGAUGGAACGUGAAUUAAGUAGAGCAGAAAAAAUGAUGGGAGCCAAAACGAGUACAGUUAAAAAAUUGUUCUCCAUUCUGACAAGUGGUAACCAAUCAUCGGAAUCACAAUCACGAUUCCGAUAUAUACCUCAGGAUAUUUUUAAAACAGAAGAAUUGUUAAAAACAUAAUAUUUUAAGCAUGUUUGUUUUUAUUCUACAAUAAAAAUGUAUUCUUUAAUAAAUGAUUUUCAUGAAUUCUACAAAUCA